AUGUCGCCUCUCGCCCUCCUCCUGUGUGGGGUGAUCGUCGUGCUGCUGCUGGUUCUGCUAGUGAAGAGCGCGUACUCCAGGCCCGACAACUUCCCACCAGGGCCCCCUGCGCUACCAAUAUGGGGGAGCUACAUCCAGCUGCUGCUGGAGAACUACAAAUUCCCAUACAAAGUGAUGGACGCCUUCACGCGCCGCUACAACUCCAAACUGGUGGGCUUCUACUUUGGACCGCUACCUGUGGUGGUCAUCAGCGACUACGAGGCUGCGAAGGAGGCCUUCAACAACCCCAGUCUGCAGGGCCGCAUAUCCAACGUCGCCAUCAAGCAGAGGAUGCCGCAUGAGGACCUAGGCAUAAACUUCAGAGUGGGCCCAGAGCUGAUGGAGCAGCGUCGCUUCACUCUGAGGUACCUGAGGGACUUUGGCUUCGGACGGCGUUCCGACCACCUGGAGUCGGAGAUCGAAGCGGAGAUGGCGGAGCUGGUGGGGCUCAUCCGGGGAGAACGGCAGGAUGAGAUUGUGGUGCAACCAUCAUCAGGAGACGGCAGCCGGCGUGUACUGCUACCUGAUGCGCUGUUCCCUGGCUUCAUCAACGGCUUCAUGCCGGUGGUGGCGGGCAGCCGGCUGCCGCGCACAGCAGACGGGGUGUGCCGCUACCUGGGGCACGCGGGCCUGCAGGCGGCCAGGGCUGGAGACGCCACAGGCGGUCUCCUGACGCUUCACUCCGCACUGGCCUCCAUCGCGCCCAAGAUGUCCGGCUACCACGACACAGUAGAGUCCGCCGAGAAGAUCCUGACCUACUUCCAUCACGUGAUCAAGGAACACGAGAAGACAUACUCAGAUGAUCACAUGAGGGACUUCAUUGACAGAUACCUGAAAGAAAUAAAAGAGAAGAAGAAGACGGGUACUGAUACAGUAUAUUCCACUGACCAGCUGGGGGUCACCCUGUUCGACACCUUCUUGCCAGCUUCCAUGGUGCAGUCAACAGUGCUCUCGUGGGCCCUGCUGUACGUAGCCCGCCACCCAGAGGCGCAGAGGCGAGCACAACUAGAGCUGGACUCAGUCGUGGGAAACUCGAGGCUUCCAAACCUCAACGACCGUCUCCACUUACCGUACACAGAGGCCAUCCUGCGAGAGACGAUGAGGAUACAGACGCUGCUGCCAAUCGGGAUACCCCAUGCAGCUACAGAGGACACAACCCUACGGGGGUACACCAUACCAAAGGGAACUGUGGUGGUGGCCAAUUUAUGGAGUAUGCACAUGGACAAGGAUGUGUGGAGAGACCCAGAGCACUUCAGACCAGAGAGAUUCCUCAACAGCGACGGCACUCUGUGCACCAAGGAUCUCACAUUACCCUUCAGCACUGGCAAGCGGGUAUGCCCUGGGGAGACGUUCGCCCGACAGAACAUGUUCCUCAUGCUGGCGGCGCUUCUGCAGAACUUCUCAGUCCGGGCAGACGGCCUGCCGCCUCUCCACUGCAACAUCCCGGGGGCCAUCGAGACUCCGCCUGCCUUCUGGGCCCAGUUUGAGCCUCGGUGA